UUACAGGUACAUUAACAUUCUUAAAACAUUAUUCCUCGUAAAGAUCUCAUUAAGAACUUGAGCUAUUUUUUUCAAAAUAAAUUUAUAUAAUUAUUUUUAUUUGUGCAAUAGAGUCAGGAACAAAACAUGAUUGUAGGUUUCCAGCAAAAUCCAACACAAAUAUUUGGACAAUCACAAGCACAAAUAACUUUUGGUGAAAGUAAUGACAACUCUCUCUUCAACUUCUGGAAAAGUAUUUGUGAUUCCACAAGGUCUGUCUCCUGCACACAAUUGAACAACACCUUCCAAUUAGGGUUGGAGAAUGACAAUAUAACUUGGAACAACACUUUGAAUAAUUCCUCCUCGUUUGGUUUGGAGAAUGCCCAUUCAAAUUGGAAUAAUAACAUGAGUAACAACAACAAUUACAUCAAUGAAUAUAAUGAUCCUCCUUCAGUUCAAAGUGAUGCAAUAACUCCUAAUGUUAAUGGAUUUAACUAUUCCAUGGAGGAGAAUACUAUGGGAAAUAUUGCUGAAAGUACUACACAUGAGAAUGAUGCAUGUGAAUGGGAAGUUUUCCUCAGUGAAGCUUUCAAUGGAGAAGACUUCGAAAAUUUAGAUUGAUCUAUCAAUAACUCAGAAAAAAAACUUUUUUUAUCUAGUUCCUUUAUUUUGGUCCAUCUUAAAAUUCACAA